CAGUAGACCCAUAAGUUGCGAGAACUGAUAAGCGCAAAGCCUUUAAGCGCCCAUGGCCAGCGGAACGGCCGGUCGGAAAGUGGGCGCGGGGCGUGGGCGGACGGACCAACCAGCUGGCACGACGCCACCCGGCGCACGCCGAUUGGCCCUAGUCGAACCCCCACUCGCCCGCAAGGUGCCGCGCAACGCGAAACGUUUAUGAGCUUUUACUCGUGAUUCUAUACCUAGUAGUUCAUAUCUAAGAGAGAUGGCGUGGAAAACUCGUAGCGGUACCACGGCUUCGGCUGGCCGCGGAGCCCUGAACUGGGAGCUGAUGGCGCAAGCAUCGGCAAGCCAGCUGCGCCUCCCCGUUUGCCCUGCCCACUGCCGGCAGCCCUCCCCUGCCACCUCCUCCUCCUCCACCUCCUCCUCUGCUUGCGUCCGCUUCGGGCCCGGCUCCGCGUGCGGCCGCGCGCCCCUGCGCCCCGUGGCCGCGCUGCCCUUCUUCGGCAGCCGCAACAAGAAGGACGACGCCGCCGACGCCGCCUCCGGCCCCUCCGCCUCCGCACUGGUGCAGCCCGCGCACUUCGACCUGCCGCUGGCGGUGGUGCUGGCGGGCGCGGCGUUCGAGAGCUACCUGCAGCCGCAGGCGGCGGAGGGCGGCGCGGCGUUCCUGCAGCGCAGCGUGGGCGGGCCCACCGUCACCUACACCGACAAGUCAUUCCUGACCGAGGUGUACCAGGGCGUGUUGGUGGUGGAGCUGCAGUCGGCGGCCAACCUGCGGCCCGCCGACCCCAACGGCCAGUCCGACCCCUACGCCGUGCUCAGCAUGGGCGGCGCCACACACCGCUCGCCCACACAGCCCGCCACCCUCAACCCGCAGUGGAAGGACGACGUCGCAUGCUUCUAUGUCAAGGACCCCGCCACCGACGUGCUGCGGCUGCGGCUGUACGACGAGGACUUGGGCAAGAGCGACGAGGACCUGGGCACGGCCAUGCUGGGGCUGGCGGCGCUGGCGGGCAGCAGGGGCAGGAGGCAGGCACUGACGCUGCCGCUGAGGGGCCCCGGCUCCGGCAACGGCGCCACCGUCACGCUGCGCGCCCGCUUCCUAGCCUUUGCCGACGCCGACCCGGCUGACGUGGCGGCGCUCACCUCCACCUCCACCACCGCGCCCUCCGCGCCGGCGGUGGCGGGUCUGCAGGCUGCGGCCGCCGCGGUGCAGGGAGUGGUGGACGCGGUGUCGGCCGCCACGGGGGAUGCGGCGGAGGGCGAGAAGGCCAAGGUCUAAGGAAGCGGAUGGGACUGAAGGCGGCUGCAGGAGCAGGGCCAGGCCGUCAGGCCAGCAGUGGCGAGGGCGCAGCCCGAAGGAUCCCGAAGGCGUA